AUGACUACUGCAGAUAGAUUUAAGUUCAUUAGAGAACUUGAGCUUACUAAAGAAAAGCAAACAUUUGGAAGAUCAAAGGAAGAAUAAAAAUUAGGAGAUAAAAGCUUAAGAAUUUAUUCUAGAGGAGGAGCAGAAUUCAUCAUAACUUUACUAUUUAAGAUCAUUGAUGUAUUUCCAAUAGAAGAUGGAGUCAUCAUAAAGACUGAGUACAACAAGGACCAUUUAGUAUUUGAUCCAUUCUCAAUAAGAGCAGGAAAUUAAAAGCAGCAGCCAUAAUUUGCCUAUAUGACUAUUACUGGGCAUCCUUUAAAUGAUGUACAUCCUUUAUCUUUUGGAGGGAAAAAUGAGAUGAUUCAAACUAAUCUUGACAUCAUUCAAGUCUCGUAUAAGAUACCAUUCGUAGUACUAUUUAACAACCAGAGUUUCCAAUUAUCAUUUGGAUUACUAAAACAGAAAAAAGAAGAGGUGAAUCUUGAUAUAUUUGAAGAAGGAGAAGCAUAUGUUAGAGGUAUUGAACCAAACAGCAGACAUCCUGAGAUAUACAACAUCUCAAAAGAAUACCAAAUUUAUGUUGAAGAGAUACACUCAUUUCCUAUUCCUCUUGCACCUACAUUUGAUGUCUGCAUGAUAAAUUUUAGCAGACAUGGGCACCAGAGUGAUGAUUCAAUUAAAAUUAUUUCAAAUAACCUAGCAUUUUAGCUUUAAGUUCAAUCUGAUGAUGCUUACUCCAACUCAAACGUCUAAUAUCUUAAGAAGAGAUUGAGAUUUUAUAAUAAAGAUCUUAUGAUACUAGAUUCAACUUAGAAGAAUGCCAUUUUUUAUCAUGGAGUCAAUCAAAUCUAUAGUCUAGAUCUAAUUUAAAUGGUUGAUGGGUAAUUAUCAGUUUAAGAAAAGAUUUAGGCUCAAAAUGCUUCAAUUAUUGGAUUAAAGCAUAGUAGCAAGUCGAAUGUAUCAUUAGCAUUUUCUAAUAGCUUCGAAAAAAGAUUCAACUUUAGACUUUAGAUUAAUGACUUCUUAGUAAAAUCCAUAUUGAAGACUUUAAAAAAGUUGCUUCCAUCCAAUCUUUUUGAGUCAUUUUAUUAGGACUAUAUAGAUUCAAUCACAAGAUCAAGCUAAGAGUUCAAGCAAGGAAAUGAUAGCUAAGGAUUUGAUUAAUUCAAAAGAUUAUAAAACUUAAUUAUUCAAAUUAUCUCAGGUGAGUCUACUGGAAAUAUAAAAAAGUUUACUAGCAAUUAAUCAUCUGGUAUAUCAUAAACAGUCUAAUAGACCUAGCAUUAGUAACAAUAGAUUAGCUAAACAUAAAACAAACCUAAUUAAACAUUGCAGACUAAAAUACUUAGAAGCUCAACUACAAAUUUCAAUGAUAGUAUUGCAAAUAGAAGAAAAAUUUAGACAUCAUCAAGUUCUUCUACUGGCUAAUAGCAAUAGUAAUAGAUUCAAAGAACUUAAGUCAAGUCUUAGACUGGCUCAACUUAAGUUUAGACCAGAUAAUCAAUGCCUAUUGCUGCUAAUAAAUCAAAUUAACCAAAAAGACUAGCAUCAGGAAUAGAGUAAUCGUAACCAUUUUCUGUUGCUUCAUCUGUUUCUCUAUAAAACCAGAGCUAAAAUCCUUUUAUGGAAUUACUAAACUCAGACUUCCAUAAAGACAAUUUCGGAACAUAAUUUUCCUCAUUUUUCCCAAAAAAUUUCGUAAUAGCGAUUCCAUAGCCUGUGAUAUUGUCUUAGAUUGAUGAAAAGCCAACACAAGUUUCUAUUUCCCCUACAAAGUCAAGUAAUAGAGUUACAACUCAAAAGAUUUCAUCAACAAAGUAAUCAAAUACAUUUUAGCCUACACACGAGAGAAAGAAUUCUAAUAUUUAAAGUCCUUCUCCAUCAUAGUCAUCUAGCAUUCAAUCACAAAUCUAAUAACAAUAGCCUAUUACGAUUUAAGUUUAGCUUUAAUCAUUCCUCAGAACAUCAAAGCAAGAUUUUAUGCCAUUUAUGAACAAAAUUUUCGAAUUAUUGCAUCUUAUGUAUGAAGAUCUUAAACUCAACAACUUAAGAGAUAGUACUGAAAGACCUAAACUUGCAAAAUUACUUUUAAGAUUAGCUUUGUUGAUAGAUCCUGUAAAAAAAGCUGCAUUUGUCGAGUAUUAUCUCAAGGAAAAUGAUUUUUCUAAGUCUGAAAUUGAUAAUGAAGUAAAGAGAUAUUACAAGGAAGGCUCUCUUCUUAAAAAGGGUGCUGAAAUAGAGCCAGUUCCUAAGAUUUAUAAAUGGAUAGAAUAUUAAUUAAAGAAAUAGCUGGGUAUGUUAAACUUUCCAUUUUCCCUGUUCUUUGAGAAAACUAGGAAGAUAGUUCGUCUUUAUGAGCUGCUAAAUGACUCUAGAAAUAAUUCAAUCCUGAAUGAUAACUUGUUCAUUAAAUAGCACAUUGAAGCUGAUAAUGAUGCAAUAAGAGAAUUAAUAAUAAGAGGAGGAGCAUAUCAAUCCGACUAAACUUAUGGUCUAUAAAGAGCCUCUGAAUACUUAAUGAAUAAUAGGUUAAAGGAUUUACAUCCCUUUGAAAAGAUUCUUUUCUGCCUCAAAGAUGAAAGUUUAAACAUUGAUGACCUCAAGAACAUUCCAAGUAUUGUAGCCUUGCCUAUAUUAGAAAUAAUUAGAUUUGCAAGACUUUUUCAAAAGGACAUCCAAACAGUAGCUCAUUGGCCUGAUUCUCUGUAUAAGUUAAUUCAAAGAGAAGAUAUUUUGAACAAUCUUAGACUGUUUGAAAGAAAUAAUUAGCCUAAGGCUAAAAGUUUCAAUUAAGAAACAGGGACAAAUGUAUAAAGAUAAGCAAGUAAAAAAUUUGCACUAAAUAGAGGAUUAACAAAUGUUUUUGCUGAUAAUUCGAUAGAAGAGAUUUAGCAAGAGGAGCACAGAAAAGAAAUGUAAUCGAACAUUAUUAAAGCUACAGCAGAUCUUAUUUAUCAGUAAACUAAUAGCAGCUCUGAAUUUGAAAAUGGUCCCAAGAAUACUUCAAUUGUUGAUUUCUUUAAAAACAGGUUCUCUCAAGAUACAAGACUUAAAGAAGUUUAAAAUAUGCUGACCUCAUCCUCUGAGAUAAUUGUAAAGCUCGAGCAUAUUCAAAAUAGAGAAACACUUUCAGAAGAGGUUUUUAAUACAGAGAAGCAAAAGCUCUUAGAUAGAAUGUUCUUAAGACAUCUAUCUAAAUGUAAUGGUAGAGGUGCCCUAACCUUUGGAACAAUGCAGACUAUUCCAACUGAAGUCUUGCAUAUUCCCAAGAUUAAUCCGACUGGUUAUGCACCAAUGAACGAAUCAUAUAUGUAAGUCGAAUUUAAGGAUGAUGCUUAAAGCAAGGAGAUGCUAUAAUGGCCUGAAUUUCAUAAUGGUGUUGCAAGUGCUCUUAGAAUUGCUUAAAGUUUUAGAAGAGAUAGAGAUAAUAGUGGAGUUACAUAAUAACAUACUAGAAACUGGAUUAUGUAUCAUAAACCACAAGAGCCAAAAUAUGAACAUGGUGGAUUUUUACUCGCUAUCGGAUUAUUAGGUUAAUUAGAUACUCUUUAACCAACAGAUAUUUAUCAGCAUUUAAAGUCAACUCAUGAUGCUACAGCUAUUGGAAUGUUAUUGGGAAGAGCUGCAUCUAAGAUUGGGACUAUGGAUGAUCAUGAUACUAGAACUCUGUGUAUCCACAUCCCAUAUUUGCUUCCUCCAAGUUUGAGCAUCGAUAUCUCUUUAUCAAUUCAAUCAGCAGCAGUGGUUGGAGCAGGAUUACUUUAUAAAGGAACAUCAAAUAGAUUAAUGACUGAAAUGCUUUUGGCUUAGAUUGGAAGAAAACCAUUAUCAGAUAAGGCCAUUGAAAGAGAAGGUUAUGCCCUAGCUUCAGGUAUUGCUCUUGGAUUAGUCAAUUUGGGUGUCGGAAAUUAAAUGCAAGGACUUAGUGAUCUUAAGCUAGAUGAGAGAUUAAUAAGAUAUGUGGAGGGUGGCAAGAUUAUAGAUUUACCUUAAUCUAUGCUCUCUUAAAAUUUCAAUCAUGAAAAUACACAAAAGCAAGGAUCAGGAUGUUCUUCAAUCAAAGAAGGAGAUAUGGUAAAUGUUCAUAUUACAUCAUAAGGAGCAAUUGUUGCACUAGCAUUAAUUCAUUUAAAGUCAAAUAAUCAUCAGCUUGUGAAUUAACUCUAAAUGCCCUAGACUUUUUAUUAACUUGAAAGUGUUAGACCAUCUUUCUUGCUUGUAAAAACUCUAUGUAGAAAUCUAAUAAUGUGGGAUCAAAUCUAAUGCUCAAAAGAAUGGAUCUCAACUUAGAUUCCUUAGUUAAUAAGAGAAAUUUAUGAGAAUGAUAUCUAGACAGUACUAAAGAGAAAUCAUCAAAAAUCUGUGAUUGAAGAUGGCAUUGAUUUUUCAACAGUGGCCUUAUGUUAUGUAAAUAUACUUGCAGGAGCAAUAUUCUCUAUUGGAUUUAAAUAUGUUGGCACAGGAAACAGACAAGCAUUUCAAUUAGUGAACGAGUAUACCCAAUUCUUCUUUAGAAAGUUAAAGAUAGUCCAAUCCAAUAAAGAUUCAAUCGGAGUUAUCCAUACCAAUUUUACUAAGAAUCAAGUUGAUAAAAGUACUGUCGAAACCUGCCUUUGUGUUUGUGCUUUUGCAAUGAGUAUGAUAAUGGCUGGUACUGGAGACAUUGAAUGCUUUAGAGCUUUAAGAGUCUUGAGAAAGAGAUUCGAGUAUGAUAUGCAUUAUGGAUAUAACAUGGCUAUCCAUAUGAGUCUUGGUUUUCUAUUUUUGGGUACAGGAGCAUUUACAUUCAGCAACAAUGAUCUAGCUAUUGCAUCUCUGCUAUGCUCAUUAUAUCCAAUAUUCCCUUCAAAUCCUAAUGACAAUAGACAUCAUCUUUAAGCAUUGAGACAUUUCUAUGUUCUAGCUAUAGAAACAAGACUUUUAUAAGCAAGAGAUAUUGAUAGUGGUGAAUUCCUUCGAAUUGAUAUGGAGGUUAUUGUAGAAGAGACAAACUAAGCUGGUUAAGUUGAAAUAAAAAAUAAGUAAAUAAAAACACCUGAUAUCAUUAACGGAACAAUAAAAAGUAUUGAAAUAAAUAAUGAGUAAUAUCACUCAGUAAGUAUUGAUUCCCUAGGUGAAAAUGAUAGCAAUGAUCAAAAAAAUAUUUUUGAGACUAAGAAACUCAAAAUUUUUGAGCAAUUCGGUUUUUAAAAAAUAAUUUACUUAAAGAAAAAAGCUUCAAUAACCAAUAAUAGUUCUUCGUAAGGAUACUAAAGCUAGAAUUUUAAUAUAGAUCUAGAGACAAAAAUUCAAGAAUCUGAAUUGAUGUAAAAGCUCUUAGCUUAAGAAUAUUCAUCAGUUGAUUUUGAUCUCUUGGAAUAAUCAGAUAAGGUUAUUGAAAACCUAAAUAUGAUAAAAGAUCCUUCAAUCAGUACGUUUUACAAAUAAUUUGCUGAGCUUAAAUAUUUUCAGAGUUCAACUAAUUUCUCAGAAAUUGAAGAUGUAUUGCUUGCUCAAAAUAAAGAUCCCCUAGGUUAACUAAGUCCUCAAGAAUUCUUUAAAAUUCAAGAUACUUUUGAUUCAAUUUAACAGUCUUUAAUCAAGAAUUAUCUCUUCUAAAAUACCAAAGAUAAGUUGAAAACCAUGAAAGUCGUUUACAGUGCAUAUCAUUCUGAUCAAUUAGACUUUAUUAAAAUCAUGAUGGAACUAGUACUCAAUGGCUAAUAAGAUAAGAUUGGUUUGCUAAAAUCUUAUCAGCAUUUUAGAGAGAAUCAGCCCUAGCUAUCGAAACUGGAAAGAGAUAGUAUUCUUCUAUUUAAUGCAGAUGAGAAAGAUUCCUCUGUAGGGGACCUGAAUUUAUAUUUGACAAGCAUGCUUGAUGAUUUCACAAGUACUACCUCUUAUAGCAAAAAUUUAAAACAACCAUAUGAUUUGUUUACCAUCUCUCUCGCUAAAUAGAUUGCAGAUAAACUUUUGAAUGAUCUAAAUAUGAUGGGUGAAAAUGAGCUGGUAAAUGCUUAUAGAUAAUAGAAAAUAAAAUCAGAUCCUCUAGAAAAUGGUCCCCUAAUUGAGAUUAAUGAAUCUCUUAAAAUGGCUAUCCAGGCUGUAAUUGGAGAUUUAGAGAAUUUAAACGAAGCUUCUCUAAUUGAUAAGGUAUUAUUACCAGUAAUACUCAAGUAUUGA